AUGCUGCUCACCUUCACCCUCCACCUCCUGGGCAGCUCUGCAUUGCUCCUGGCCACUGGGGCUGGGGCUCAAGCUUCCCAGUGCCCGUUCCCACACAUCCGCUAUGGGAGGAGACUCUCCGCCGCUCGCUACUCCUACAGGGCCGGGGACUCCGUCAGCUUCGCCUGCAACCUGGGCUUCAGCCUGCAGGGCUCCCGCACCAGCAGGUGCCAGGCUGACCUCACAUGGAGCCCACCUCUGCCAGUGUGCAAAAGGGGCAAGUAGGUGAGGUGUCCUCAGCCACCAAACAUUGCCAACGGGCUGCACAUUGGACACUCCUUGGAGAAGUUUGCCCAGGGAGUGACUGUGCACUACAGCUGCAAGGAGGGCUACCAGCUGGUCAGGAACGUGUCCAUCAACUGCACAGAGACUGGGGUGUGGAGCAGGCCCCUGCCCCGCUGUGAAGCCAUCGGCUGUGAGGCACCCGAGGUGCAGAAUGGGAAGGUCCAUUGGCUGCAGAGCACCUACAGAGCUGGAGAGACUCUGGGAUUCACCUGCAAUGCUGGUUAUGCCACAGAAGAGGGCACCUACGAGAGUCAGUGCCAGCCGGGGGGCACCUGGGACCCACCGGUGCCUGUCUGUCAGAAGGUCCGACCCUGCCCCAUGCCUCCAGGGGUCCACAACGGCAACCAUGACGGGCAGGGCAGAGCCUGGUUCUCCCUGGGGAUGGCUGUGACCUACUCCUGUGACCCUGGCCACUACCUGGUUGGAAACCCUACUGUGUUCUGUAAAGCCUCAGGGAACUGGAGCAAGCCUGGCCCUCGCUGUGAAGAGGUGAGGUGUCCUCAGCCACCAAACAUUGCCAACGGGCUGCACAUUGGACACUCCUUGGAGAAGUUUGCCCAGGGAGUGACUGUGCACUACAGCUGCAAGGAGGGCUACCAGCUGGUCAGGAACGUGUCCAUCAACUGCACAGAGACUGGGGUGUGGAGCAGGCCCCUGCCCCGCUGUGAAGCCAUCAGCUGUGAGGCACCCGAGGUGCAGAAUGGGAAGGUCCAUUGGCUGCAGAGCACCUACAGAGCUGGAGAGACUCUGGGAUUCACCUGCAAUGCUGGUUAUGCCACAGAAGAGGGCACCUACGAGAGUCAGUGCCAGCCGGGGGGCACCUGGGACCCACCGGUGCCUGUCUGUCAGAAGGUCCGACCCUGCCCCAUGCCUCCAGGGGUCCACAACGGCAACCACGACGGGCAGGGCAGAGCCUGGUUCUCCCUGGGGAUGGCUGUGACCUACUCCUGUGACCCUGGCCACUACCUGGUUGGAAACCCUACUGUGUUCUGUAAAGCCUCAGGGAACUGGAGCAAGCCUGGCCCUCGCUGUGAAGUGACUGUCUGCAUAAAUCCAGACCUAGAGAAUGGAUGGCAAGUUGAUGGUCAAGGAGUAUUCUCUGCACCUGGGCAGAUGGUGACAUUUCAGUGUCACAGUGGUUACAGCCUGCAAGGCAGUGCUAAAAUCUCCUGCCAGGAGGAUGGCAGCUGGCACCCUCCUGUUCCCACCUGUGUUAGGCAGCUCCCCAACAGGCUUGAACAUGCAGGUGGUUGUGGUGCUCCUCCAAGGUUACACUUUGCUGAGCUAAAUAAGGAGCAUAGAAAUGAGGUUGAGUUUUCUGUGGGGAAGACUGUGCAGUACCUGUGUCGACCAGGAUAUGUUAAACACCCAGGAAGGUCACCUACUGUCACAUGCCUUGAGAGUGGAGUGUGGUCAGCAGCUCUAGAGUUCUGUACAAGGCAAAAAUGCAGUCACCCUGGGGAGCCUAUGAAUGGGAAAAUUCUUGCCCUAACAGAUGUCUUCUUUGGGUCAACAGUGGUCUAUGGAUGUGAAGAAGGGCACAGGCUAAUUGGACAGCCCAGGAGACGAUGUGAGAUCUUUGGUGGACGUGUUGCAUGGAGCGGGGACGUUCCCAUUUGUCAGCGUAUCCCUUGUGAGCCACCUCCAGACAUUGCCAACGGGCGGCACACGGGCAGGCUGCUGAACGAGUUCUACUUUGGCAUAUCUGUGACCUACACCUGCAACCCUGGGUACCCCCUCCACGGAGAGUCCUCCAUCCACUGCACCACCCAGGAUGGGGAGAACGGAGUCUGGAGCGGGCCCCCGCCGCGCUGUGGAGGUAGGGCUGGGUGUGCUCGGGCACUGCUGCAAUGUCCUCCCCCUCCAAAUAUCACCAAUGGCCAUCACGAGAGCAAGGAUGUGAAAGUGUUCCUCCCUGGAACGUCAGUGAGGUACUACUGUGACCUGGGCUAUGUCCUCACUGGGAAAACAACAGUUUCCUGUUUGCCAUCUGGAACAUGGAGCAUCCCUUACCCCCGCUGCGAAGUGAACACCUGCACGAGUCCCACCAUCCAGAACGGAGAUGUGGCUGGAGGACAGGGCACUGUGCACCAUCCUGGGGCCAACAUCACCUUCCAGUGCCACCCAGGCUACCUGCUGCGGGGCAGCCAUGAAGCCAAGUGCCAGCCUGAUGGCCACUGGGUGCCUGCUGUCCCCACCUGUGAGCCAGCGCUGCCCUGUCCUCCACCUCCCCUCAUCGCCAACGCCACGCACGGCGCAGUGCCUGGCACCAACUUCACCAGUGGCAUGUCCGUGAGCUACAGCUGCCAGCCUGGCUUCUCCCUCCUUGGAGACCCUUCUGUCCUCUGCACGGCCUCAGGGAACUGGAGCCUCCCAUACCCACGUUGUGCAGUGCUGCAAUGUCCUUCACCUCCAAACAUUGACAAAGGGAAUCACAACCGCCAAGACUUGGAGGUUUUCACUGCUGGGAUGGUUGUGAAUUACAGUUGUGAGCCUGGGUACAGCCUGCUGGGAGAGGCAUCCAUUUACUGCAUGGACUCUGGAAACUGGAGCCUCCCUCUUCCUCGUUGUGCAGGUGUCUGCGGUGCCCCUCCCAACCUGACCUUUGCUGUGCUAACUGAGAAAUACAAAAACCUGACCGAGUUUCUCGUGGGGGCCACUGUGAGAUACAGCUGCCAGGCAGGGUUUGUGAGACAGCUUGGAGUGAGCCCAGCUCUGACCUGCCUGCCAAACCACACGUGGUCGGAAGCACAAGCGUUCUGUAAAAGGAGGAAAUGUAAAUACCCAGAGACACCAAAGAAUGGCAGAGUUGUUGUUCUGACAGAUCUCCUUCUUGGGUCAGUCGUGAGCCACGCGUGCGAGGCAGGGCACCGACUGGUUGGACAGCCUCACAGGAGAUGUGAGGUUUUUGGACCUGAUGUUACAUGGAGUGGUCUUCUCCCCAUUUGUCAAAAGGUGACCUGCCCAGCCCCAAAGAUCAGGAAUGGGAGAGUGUCUGUUCCUAAACAUCCCUACACUUACACAGACACUGUUAGUUUUAAGUGCCACAAAGGUUUCACCUUGAGAGGCAACCACACAGUCCAGUGCCAAGCCAACAAAACGUGGGAUCCACCCAUCCCGGUCUGUGAGCAGGUUGUGAAGUGUCCCCAUCCUCCAGCCAUCACCAAUGGGAAGCUCAAAGGCAACAUCUCUGACACUUUUCCCCAUGGAGCAUCCGUAUCCUACAGCUGCAAUCCUGGUUAUUCACUUGUUGGGAAUGCCUUCAUCAGCUGCCUGGGGUCAGGAACCUGGAGCCAGCCUCCUCCUCAGUGCAAAGAGAUGAGAUGUGUAUUCCCAGAAGCUGAAGGUGUUAAGAAAGCCAUGAAAGGAAACACUUAUCUCCCUGGGACUAACAUCACCCUUGAAUGCGAUGAUGGUUACAGGUUGGAAGGCACCAGUCAGAUUCAGUGCCAAGAGGACUUCAGCUGGGACCCUCCUGUACCAGCCUGUAAACUGACGUCACACAAGUCUGACUCAGCAGCCCUAGGAGCUGCAGCUGCUGGAGUCCUGCUUCUUCUGGGGGCUGGCAUUGUCUGGAAAAUUCUCUUGAAGCAGAAGGAAGGCUCUUAUCACACAUAUGAAAACCACCACUACCAAAUCCCUCUGAACCAGACACCUGACCAGAAAUCUGGAUGUCUUCCAUAG